AUGGUCAAUGCUGGCCGAAUAUGCUGUAUAGCAGCGCCAUUCCUCCUGUCGGUCGGCGUCCUGGUAUGCAUGGUGCUGCUCUUUGUCGCCGGCACGUCCAGCGGCGACAAGGGAACCAAUGAUCUAUAUUUCCUUAAGAUCAACCUGACGGACCUCACUCUAAGCACCUCAGCAAACCUUCCCAGCGAAAUAGAUGGCGCUAAUACCACCAUACUCGGAGGUGCGCUCCAGGCCGCCAAACAGGCCUUGGGCAUGAAAGACUACUACACCAUAUACUUGAGGAGUUACUGCAGCUGGAACGGCAAUGACGUGUAUGCCAACUGCACCGACUCCAAGACGUAUUUCUGGUUCAACCCCAUCGAAGUCUGGGGCUUGAACGACACCGGCAUCUCCGUCGACGACUACCUCCCUAGAUCCUUCCGCGACGGCCUGGACAGCUACCAUGCCGCCAGCAAAGCCAUGUUCGUGUUGUACGCCGCCGCCCUCGCCGCAUCGUGUCUCACCAUCCUCGUGGGCUUCUCGGCCAUCUUCUCGCGCUGGGGAUCCUUCUUCACCACCUUCUUCGCCGCCGCCAUGGCCGUGGCCACCAUAGGCGCCACCGGCACCGCCACGGCCAUCUUCCUCAUUCUCCGGACCGCACUCAACCACACCCUGAAGGACGACUACGGCAUCCAUUCCAGUGUAGGCACAAAGGCCCUGGCCGUCACUUGGAUCGGCACUGUCUUCGCCGUCGCCGCCGCUUUCUUCUGGCUGUUGUCUGUCUGCUGCUGCAGUAGCCGUAGCCCCUAUAACCCAGGGAGCAGGGAGGCCCGGCGCACCCGCGCCGAAAAGACUCCCUAUACCUACGAGAGAGUGGGCAGUCCGUAUCUUGGACCCAGCGAUCAACAGGCCGUCCCCUUGUCCAAUCUCGGCCCGGGGAACCAUGGCGGUGGUUAUGUUCCGCCUUAUCAACACCCGAGAGGGGCUGCUUAUGAGCCCUUCCGAGCGCAGCAGGGCGUCUGA